UCUCUGCCUCUCACUGCACGCGCAAUGCCUACGUUCAACUGGCAAUGUUUUGCACCAGUGAGCGACCCUGGAAACCAUGGCUCUGACUCUUUGAAGAGUCUCCAGGUCGCUCCUUUCCAAGCCCAGAGCAACUCCGUCUGGAUUGGCUAUCAUGAUCAACCAUCGAAAAAAUACUUGGGAGUCUUCCCAAGCUUCGACGAUGUCGUGGAACGCUGUCGACGUAACGUCAGAGCAGGUAGUCCGAACACCUCAUUCCCUCUCUACAACAAAAGGAUUCGAGAUGGUAGAAACGGGGACAUAUCCAAUCCUGAGAGCCACACCAAACACGUGUGUUGUACUGCUUGUCAAGAUCAGACCGUGGAUUCUGAGAAACUCAAUCUCGAGUUCAUCCCUGUGAAGACAGGAUCUAUGAACGAUGAUAGCAGAAAGAAUGAAGUCUAUCUGAUCGUUUACAAAUUCUAUCUGAGGGGCGAGCAGAUGAUUGCGCUACUGCACUACGCUGGAAAGCACCGCUUCCAGAAAACCGACGGUACUCUGUCGAAGGUAUUUGCCUUUGACUCGAGACAUGGAUGCAAUGAGAAAUCACAAUCUACCACUCCCUCAGAGAGCGAAGACGGGUCAGACUCUUCCAGCUUGACCCAAUUUGAUUGUGUCGAGGACGAAGACAUGGCCCGCAAAUCACCUCGUGUAUCGCUACGGUCCAGUCAACGCCAUGAUUUCCGAGACCCAGCAACCACAGUCGUGAGAACACCACGACAGACUUCGCUUCUCCCACAGCAACUGCCAGCCCAGCCGCGCUCUCGAGGUCGAGUUGUCAUCGAUAUGACAGAUGAGGACGAACCAUCGCCUGUGAAGCAAGAACACCCAGAGUACUUAGAGCACACGAUCGCUCCGAUACCUUACAAGACACCGUCGGCCACACCGGCGACCACGCCAUCUCUCGCACCUAGUGAGGACAUAUCCUUCACCAAUCAUUUCGGACCAGACCCCCUUGCGGAAGAGUACGGCCGUAUCACUACCCAGAUAUUCCAGGAAUACUCUAUGAGAGUCUUCGCACUGCCAGAAGUCACUAACCUCAUUCAGAGGAUGAAGCAGGCCGUAAAGGCAGGUGAUAGACCUGCACUUUGCCGCGCUUAUGGUGCACUCCAAGCUUUCUUGAUCACGGUCGAGUAG